AUGACGAAGCUCUUCAUGCCCAUGACACCCGGUAAAUGGGGCACCAACAUCUUCAGUUCUGAACAGAGCGCGGACGAAAUCGGCCUAGUCAACCAACACGGACUCAGCCGCAAGCAUAUUUUCGAUGUGGUUAAGGCUAGCUUGGAACGUCUGUGGCUCGACUACAUUGACCUCCGUCAAUGUUGGCAUUGUGUCUCAUUAUCUGCUAAUGGGACAUCUUUACCGAACAUUGGGAUACAGGCCAUCGGUUCGACUACGAAACUCCCAUCGAGGAGACGAUGCAAGCAUUACACGACGUUGUCAAAGCCGGGUACGUGCGCUACAUCGGCAUGA